UGGUCAAUUUUUCAAGCACAUCAAACCACACAAUUUCGAAAGUGGCCGUCAUCGAUUCGUGAAACCUCGUUAUUGAUAACCAUUCGUUUCACGCACGAUUUGCCUUGUUUCACUUUUGAAUCCAGGCAGUAUAACAUUGUGAAGGAAACUCCCUGCUAUAUUGGUAGCUGUGCUUUGAGCAUAAAUGUAAACGAAAACUUUGAAUCAUUCCAGCCUGAGCUGAAACUACACCCCACUUCAAGUAACGAGUAUUCAAAUGCAGCAGCAGCAGCAAGCAUAUGGCGCAUAGGCUGGAGCUUUAUGCACACGCUUUGAAAGUAGCUGUAGAAAGUGAUAUAUAUUCGACCGUUUCGCUUUGGCACAUCACCAUGCUGUCAUGGUCGACACCAAGACUUUCACGUCCGCCGUCUAUGACGAAGUGCGCCAGGCGAUCGUACAACUCCGAUUGCAAUAGGCCAUAUUUGGUUGACAACGACGAAUGGUUGUCGGACUGGGCACGUUUCGAUUUGCCAAGACGGACAUUUCGGAGCUUCCACGCCAAGAAGUCAUUCUAAUUUUUCAGACCGUAUACCCAAACGGUCCUUCAUCGUUUAUUGUUAUUUAUAUUUCACAUUCCUCUUAUAAACAAGACAAAAGAUAACAAAUGUUUUUUUUUUAUUCCUAUCUCUCCCAUAGAUAAAGAGGGAAAGAGAAAGAAAAGAGUUCGCAUUUUGCUUCAUCACGCCCUAGUCAAGUAUAAAAGACGAGUUGAUUGAGGCAUGGGGCCGAAGCGGACGCGUCGCACGUUAAUCGGUCCUUCUCGAACAUGACCCGAGGUGUUCCGUUCAACAGUUCCUCCGCGGAUAUUCCCCUCCCACUCCUCUACACCCCCCCUUCCCUUUUUCCAUGUUCACUACUAUCUCUAUGUAUCUUUUCCACUGCUCGCUUUGCCUCGUCUCUUUAUUUUAAAGGGGAAUGGUGUGGAAGCCUUUUCAUGGCCUCAGUUACUUGCCGGACGCACUCCAGUUCGGAUUGAAAUUACUGCUCUCUGUCACUUGCUGAUUUUUACCUCUCACCCCCCGUCGUCUUCUCUGAAAACAAGUGUUUCUUGGAUAACGUUGCCGAAACGCUUUCGGCCACCCCUUUUUGCUGAAUAUUUCAAGAAGCCACUAAAAAAAGGUCGUCUGAAUGGGCAGCAUGUUUAAGUGGAAGGUUUCAUCGCUGGGGUCGCGCGGCAACGGCAACAGUUCCGGCGGCAGCAGCAAAAAAGCCGAUAAACACCUCAAUAAUAACGCGCCUCCGCCAGCCACAACACAACAACCACCGCCGCCAACCGACAAAAAUAAAGCUAGCGAUUCAAGGGAUAAUUGUCCGCCCCCUCAGAAAGCCAUCCAGCAACCACAGCCACAGCAGCCAGUGCCUCCACCUUUCUCACCAAUUCUAGCGCGAUCCGCUGAUGGAUUUUCUCCUCGUCAGCGUCCUUUGGUUCAACAGCCUCACCAACAGCAGCCACAACAACAAAAUCUUCAACAACAACAACAGCAACAGCUUCAGCAGACACAGCCAAAAUCCAUUGGUCACCAUUAUCGGCCAGUUCCGCCUGCCGAACCCCAAUACCAUCAGCAGCACCACGGAGCCGCCGAUGGAUCGCAAUCAUGGAACGAGUGGAAUCAACAAUUGCUGGCGUAUACGGCCUGGGUAAAUUCGCAGUUGAGGAAGCGGCCUGAACUGCCGUUGAUUGAAGACAUGGGAAACGACCUGCAAGACGGUGUCCUUGUCGCCAAGUUGAUUGAAAUUAUCACUGGCAAAGACAUUCGUGGUAUCGACGUCAACGCCAAAACGCAACAGGUCAAACGAGACAAUUUUGAAAAGAUUUUGACUUUUUUGGCGUCGCAACGCGUGAGGACAUCUACCGUGACGUCUCGCGACCUGGCCACCGGCAAUCUCAAGUCCCUAAUGAGGUUGAUAUUAUCGCUGGCUUCGCACUACAAACCGCAUAGCGUGAAGCAAGGAAGGGAUUCGGCUUCGUUUCGGGCCAAUUCACAGACGACGCCCAACCUAAAUGUGCCGACAAAUCGACGGUUUCCAGCAACAGGUUUUGAACCACAGGAGGUGGAUAUGAAGACGGUCAACGCUUUGGCCACCCUGCGACGACAGAACACCAACAGCGGCGCCACAGCCAUACGGCCCGCUUUAGCCACAUCGUCAUCUGCUGCGGAUUUGCUCAUGUCACCAAGUGUGCAACGGCGAUACACCAUGAACGGAUCAACAAUUAACCGCGAAAUUGCAUCGCAACUAUCGCAAUUCGGGACAAUUUCGAAUUCCCGAUCGUUGGCCAAUUUGCAACAUCACAAUCACGACGAUAGCCUGAUUGAAUCGCCUCGUCAACACACGGCUAUGGCCACGUCGACGUCAGUUGGCGAUUUGAAUACCAGUGAAGAGGACGCCACCAUUCGAAAACCAAUUCUGAAAAAGGAUUCGAAAUAUGGCAGCCGUAGAGAAUUGCCCGCCUUGGGGGUCUCAGGUGUCGUGUCUAAAGGCAGGCCAUCCAUUUUCGAAUUUUGGGAAAACAUGCUCGGCCCUCAGCCAGACCAAACGGGCAGUAUGAUUAUCACAGCAGGUGAAAGUAGCGAUGCCAAUGAGAAUAAUAGCGGAUCCAGGGCCAGCAUGCGUCGUGUUCUUCCACCUUUGCCCGGCCAGCCUCAGAGUCUCACUGUGAGCACUUCAACUAAUAACACUGCUUUCAACAACAAUAGCAGUGGGAAUGCCGAAUUACUGGGCAGCCGAGGCGAAGUGGAAGGUUCGUCCAAUCAACCAAGUCCAACGUGCGUGUCCGGUGAAAUUGAUCCUGGCUAUUGGAGCGCCGUGCGAGGCAAUAACAACCACGAAGAAAUGAUGAGCACGACGCCCGUCAAAGCUCACCAUGACCUACUCAUGGACGACCUCAAUCGCACGAAGAAGCAACUAGCUGAACUCCAAAAUAUGCUGUUGACCAACCAACAAGAAGCGACCAUGACGGAAAGUAAGGGAACUACUACCACUGCAUCCACGGAUCCUGAUGCCAUCUCUUGGUUAAGAUCCACGCUUCAUAGUGUAGAUCAGAGGUGCACAAAUCUGCAGACUGAUUUGAAAAAGGCCCAGCAGGAUUGCUUAACUUUGGACGGAAGCCGCCGAGGGUUGGCAGCCUGUUUGGCUAAUCAAGAAGAAGCUCUGGGAAGCUUGCGGCAAGAACUAGUUCGAACCACUCUAGCCAACCAAACAAUGACGAAUGAAAAGGUUGAAAUGCAGCGAAAAUUGGAGGAGAAGGAUCGCCAAAUUGCAGAUCUCAGACGUCAGCUUGCUGCCAAAGAUCGUGUGAUGGAAACUCAACGAGCCGUACUGGAAGAAGCAUCGCACAAUUUCACACCGGCUUUACGAGCUAAGCUGGACAAGAACAUUAGCACAAUGGAUGCUAGAAGAAACCAAUAUCGUGAAGAGCUACAUGUCGCACGCGAGGCUCUUUCCUCUCUCCGCUCAAACUUCAGAGGGAAUGACCCGAAUCACCACACUCUAGAUACGUUGGAACAGUGUAUGGCUUUCCUUCUUGAACGCAUUGCGGGACCCGACACUUUAGACAUGACAUCGUCCUCCGCCUCGCAAUCGACCUUGAUCCAACGUCACAGUAACGACACCCUGAAGCGUAGUAACAUUAAUGGUUACCACGGGGACCAAUUCACCAAAGUGGUCUAUUUCACCGAACGAACAGUGACACCAUUCCUGACAGUUAUCCCACGUAGACUUGGAGAAAUUUCCCUACGUGAUUUCAAAACACUAUUCGAUCGACCUGGCGUUUAUCGAUUUCAUUUCAAAGCUCAAGACGCCGAAUACGGAUUUGUUAAAGAGGAGAUUGCAGAUGAUAACAUGAUACUCCCAGGGUUUGAUGGUAAGAUAAUUGCGUGGGUCGAAGAGAUCCAAGUUUAGGUAUUGCUUUGUUUUGCCCAUGUAAUGCAGUACUUAAAUUCAUGCUAAAUGUGUAAAUGCCAUCACUUUACUGGAAGAUGUUGCAGUAUAAAUAUAUAUUAUAUAUAUACAUAUCUUUAUAAAAUUCUGGACUGUAUCAAAUAGUCACAACACUUGCUCUGUUUGGUUUGAUUGUUUUGCUUUUGUUUUUUACCCGUAUAAAAAUUUCAAUAACCUGGAAUCUCAUUAACAAUUUAAACUUAUUCACAGUUCCUUUCUACAAAAUGUGAAAAUUACUAGUGUUUUGUAGUAAUCCUACAGCAGACUCAAAAGUGACAUUGUUACCUUUUACAGUCAGUGCUGUAUUUAACACUACUUAGCCAGUUUUUCAUCUAUCAUGUUUAAAGUGCUAGGCUUUUCUGUUUGUUUACUUUGUUAACAUUAUGGGAACGCUACAGCGUGGUAUGUGACGGUUUUAGAGUGUAAAAACAAUACAUAAGCAGAUUAUUUUGUCUA